UCUUGGAAGGACUCGAAGAGACAGCCACAGAGUAGGAUGCUCUGCGAGGCGUCCUGAGCCAGGGGCGCGAAGCUGUUUCAGAGGCCAGGGCAACCCUGUUUUCAUCAUGCAUCAGUCUCUGACUCAGCAGCGGUCCAGCGACAUGUCCCUGCCAGAUUCCAUGGGAGCCUUCAAUCGGAGGAAACGAAACUCCAUUUAUGUCACUGUGACCCUGCUUAUCGUGUCCGUGUUGAUUCUCACGGUGGGCCUUGCUGCGACUACCAGGACCCAGAAUGUGACGGUUGGAGGCUAUUACCCUGGAGUUAUUCUCGGCUUUGGAUCAUUCCUUGGCAUCAUCGGAUCAAACCUUGUUGAGAACAAGCGGCAGAUGCUGGUGGCUUCCAUCGUCUUUAUCAGCUUUGGUGUGAUUGCAGCUUUUUGUUGUGCCAUAGUCGACGGGGUCUUUGCUGCCAGACACAUUGACCUGAAACCUCUCUACGCUAACCGGUGCCACUAUGUCCCCAAGACAUCCCAGAAGGAAGCUGAGGAGGUCAUAAGUUCCUCAACCAAAAAUUCUCCUUCCGCGAGGGUUAUAAGGAACGUUACCCAGGCAGCUAAAGAGGUGAACUGCCCUCACCUCAGCCGGGAAUUCUGCACUCCUCGCAUCCGCAUCCGGGGUAACACCUGCUUCUGCUGCGACCUCUAUAACUGUGGCAACCGAGUGGAGAUCACUGGUGGGUACUAUGAAUACAUCGAUGUCAGCAGCUGCCAGGACAUCAUCCACCUCUACCACCUGCUCUGGUCCGCCACCAUCCUCAACAUUGUUGGCCUGUUUCUGGGCAUCAUCACUGCAGCAGUGCUCGGAGGCUUCAAGGACAUGAACCCAACUCUCCCAGCACUGAACUGUUCUGUUGAAAAUUCCCAUCCAACGGUUUCUUACUACGCUCGUCCCCAAGUGGCAUCCUACAAUACCUACUACCAUAGCCCUCCUCAUCUGCCGCCAUAUUCAGCUUAUGACUUUCAGCAUUCCGGUGUCUUUCCAUCUUCUCCUCCCUCUGGACUUUCUGAUGAGCCCCAGUCUGCCUCGCCCUCGCCCAGCUACAUGUGGUCCUCGAGUGCACCACCCCGUUACUCCCCACCCUACUACCCUCCCUUUGAAAAGCCUCCACCUUACAGCCCCUAAAGAGGAACAUCUACCAGCUAGAGAGAUUUAUCGUGGCUUUUCUAUUUCUGCUUUAGUGGAAGUGUAUAGGGUACAAAACUCAAAGUGUGACUCUUACACAUAAAGUUUUACAAUGGCCUGCCAGGCUAGGGAAAGAUAGGGGUGAAGCUUUUUAUCAGGACAGAACAGGGGUGCCCAGGGCUUCCCAUGACGGCAAGUCACACUGUAAGCAAAGCUGAGGAGCCAGCCCAGCAAGGUUAGCAUGUUUAGACUCGCGUUAGCCCACUGGCUCCACCUCUGUAGUCGGCAGAAGUGUGGCUGCCAUCUGUCCCGUUUCCUGUAAUUGGAGUUUUGUCCUCAGACCCCUGGCCAAUCACCAUCCUAGCCCCUUGGUUGAA